AUGAUGAAAUUAAAAAUGUCACCACUGCUUAUUCUCAACUUUGGGCUACCACCAAUGGAUCCAGCCAUGUUUUACACUGGUAACAUUCGUGCUAAUUUAGCUGCUCUCUUCAAUAUCAGUCUCGAUAAAAUUCGACGUGUUAGUAUUAUAUCAGCUUCGAAUCAAAUUGUUUUAUAUCAUUUUCAGAUAUAUGUCGAUAUUGAAGAAACAGUAUCACCUAUAGAUGAAUGUCGAUCAAACAAUAAUGAGAUGGCAUUUUCUUCUGAACUGCUUUAUUCAAUCGAUGAUGGCAACACUUUUUUCGAUGCAUUACUUAUUCGGGGAGAGAGAACGAAAAAAAAUCUAUUUGCAUUGAAAUUAGUGGAUAAAAUAUUUUCUGGAGAAGAACUUUUGGAGCUUGAUCCAAUAAAAAAAACAAGUACUCAUGGAACAUCCAGGUUAUGUAUUUAUACGAGUUGCACUGGUGUACUUGUACAUUCCAUUGAUACGGAUGAUUAUACAGGUCAAUCAUGUCAUCGUGGUGCAUUUCCAAUAACUUCAGUUAUAUCGGGCAUAUUCUUUACAUCAAUAUCAUCAAUAAAAACAACAACAAAUAAUAUUUCAAGCGUAGAAAAAACAAAAAUAUGUGUAGCAGUUGAUAAAAUUUAUUAUUUGCCUGAUGAAAAUGACGUCGAAUACUUUUAUAUCUGUUUACCAAAUCAACAGUAUCCAGCAGCACGUUUUAAAUGUGAAAAAAGUUUUCUUUUUUCUGAACAACAUCAAGCUUACCUUUUUUCGAAGAUAUUUUUACAAGUACUUACCAAUCCUGGUACAGAUGAUAUUGAUGAACGUAUUGAUGCACUUAGAUUUGAUCUUGGUUGUUCAUUAAAAGUAUAUUUCGUAGGUAGUGUUAUUUUAUGUAUUGAUGUUGAUUGA